AUGGAGCACAUUGUUCACGUUUCCGAGGUUUCACCCCCCAGACCUUCAUCAAUUCACCCGAACGAGGCCCUCACGAAAAAACCCAUUGACUCACCAGUAGCCACGCAGGUCAGCCAUGACUACUCUCUACUUCCAUCGAAUAAUUCAGAAACGCGGCUUCCACCACUGAGGCAAGAGAUGCAUCCUCUGCCUAUUGAUAAGAAAAUUGCCAAUGCUGCCCCUCUGGGUCUGUGUGCUUUCGCUCUCACGAGCUUUUUAACGAACUGCAUCAAUCUUGGUGUUGGGGAUGUUCAGGCGGCGGGGGCUAGUGUCUCUUUAGCUUUGAUCUAUGGUGGCUUAGUGCAAAUUUUGGUGGGCAUGUGGGAGAUGGCUGUGGGAAAUACAUUCGGCGCCACAACAUUCACUUCUUUUGGUGCGGCUUGGGUCAGCUUUGCUCUGACUUCGACGUUUGAGAGUACCAACGCUGUGACAGACGCAGCAAAUGCAACAUGCCAAAACGAGACUUUGACUGGCCUUAUCAACCUGUCCUGGUUCAUAUUCACAACUCUGAUGCUCCUCUGCACCCUGAAGUCCAGUCUUGCCAUGUUCUCUCUGUUCUUCUUCUUGGAUAUGAAUUAUCUGCUCCUGGGAAUUGCGCACAUUGAAUGCAGCUCCCAGGGCCAGAUUCUCAUGGCCGUGCAGAAGGCUGGGGCGGUUUGCGGUAUACUAGCUGCGUUCUCAGCUUGGUGGAGCGCAUUUGCUGGUGUUUGUGACCCCGGAAACGGCUUCUUCACUGUUCCACUCGGUCACUUCCCUUGGUCUCCUGCGGCUCAUGCUCACCGAGCAAAGCCUAAGAUCGUAUGA